GAACACAAAACGUUUCUCCAUCUUUAAUUUCUUGCCUGGAUUGAUCCUUUCUGAUCCAGGCAUGAGUCUCCAUGGAUGAUUAAAGUUGGCUUGAUCAGCUGUAAACACAAAGGAGACAAAAGCAGCUUCAGUUUUGUAAAGUUUUAGGCGUACAGGAAAACUUUCUUUCCCCUUUUCCUGUGAGAAACGCUUCUUGGUUUUCCUGUACGCCAAACUGCAUGCUCGCUUUGUCCUUCUUUAUUUAGCCAUGAAUGCCAAUACCCGUAAAUUGCUUUUUCUAUCUUGUGUUUCCAUUCUUUUCAAUGCCCUUUAUGUGUCUAGUUCAAACACAACAAAUUCUUUGUUGUUGAACUGUGGAUCUGAAAAUGAAGGCACAGAUGCUGAUGGGCGUAAAUGGGAGCCAGAUGCCAAGUACCUUGGUGGGAAUCACCCGCAAGCCAGAGCUCAAAUCCAAGACUCAUCAAUUCUUUCUGAUGUUCCACUUAUGGAUGCUAGAAUUUUCAGAUCUGAAGCCACCUAUAAACUCCCCAUAAAGCCACAAACUCGAUAUUUUCUCAGGCUCUACUUUUAUCCAUCUGAUUAUGCUGGCCUCAAUGUCUCCAACUCCUACUUCUCAGUAGUGGCAGCAGGGGUUACCCUCCUGAACAAUUUCAGUGCUCCAAUCACAGCUCAAGCCCUUACAUUUGCUUACCUCGUUAAAGAGUAUUCUUUGGCUCCGAUAGAUUCUGACACUCUCAGCAUUACCUUCAAGCCAUCAGAUAAAGCUGUAGAUGCUUUUGCAUUCGUCAAUGGUAUUGAGGUAGUACCAAUCCCUGGUGAUCUCUUCGGUUCAGGUAUAAUGACUGGUUUUUCUGAUAUCACUAUUGAUGCCAAGGACUCUAAUUUGGAGACCAUGUAUAGAUUAAAUGUCGCAGGACAGUAUAUAGCUCCAAAUAAAGAUUCUGGUGGUCUCGCAAGAAACUGGUAUAAUGAUGCCCCUUAUUUAUAUGGUGCUGCGGUAGGGGUUAAUAGGAUGGCAAACAAAACUGUUCAAAUAAAUUAUGCAGAUUUACCAGAGUAUGUAGCUCCUGUAGAUGUUUACCAAACAGCAAGAGGCAUGGGACCCGAUUCGGCUAUGAACUUGAAGUUUAAUUUGACAUGGAUGUUUCUGGUUGAUGCCAAUUUCACAUACAUUGUUAGGCUCCAUUUUUGCGAGUUUGAGUUGACAAGAAGCAAUCAGAAGGGCUUCAACAUUUACAUCAAUAAUCAAACUGCACAGGGUGGCAUGGAAGCAGCUGAUAUAAUUGCUUGGACAGGACAAAUUGGAAAACCAACAUAUAAAGAUUAUAUGAUUUCAGUUAAUGACAGGCAAGGCGAUGACCAUAUUCAGGUGGACUUGAACCCGUCAACCUUGUAUAAGCCUGAAUAUUAUGAUGCUACACUCAAUGGAUUAGAGAUAUUCAAGAUGAGUGAUCAGAAAAAUAACUUGGCAGGCCCCAAUCCUGAAUUAUCAGCAAUGCUUACCAAGGCUCUGGCUGAGGAGAAACAAAAAACUUUUCAAAGUUCAGGUGUUGGGAUUGAAGGAGCAGCUGGAGGAGCUGCAGGCUUUUGUGUGGUGGCUGCAAUAUGCAUUGCUGUCUACCAGAGGAAGAGGAGAGACCCUAACGUUGAAUCGCACACAUCUAGCUGGCUGCCUGUCUACACCAACUCCUAUACUAGUACCAGCAAAUCAACAAUCUCAGGGAAGAGUACUACUAGCAGCCACCUUUCCACGUUGGCUCAGGGACUUUGUCGCCAUUUCACUCUACCUGAGAUGAAAAAGGCAACUAAAAAUUUCGACGAAUCUAAUGUUAUUGGCGUUGGGGGUUUUGGAAAGGUGUAUAAAGGUAUUAUUGAUCAAAAUGUGAAAGUGGCCAUUAAAAAAUCAAACCCACAAUCUGAACAAGGAGUUAAUGAGUUCCAAACUGAGAUUGAGAUGCUUUCAAAGUUGAGACACAAGCAUCUGGUCUCAUUAAUUGGUUUCUGCGAGGAAAAUGAGGAGAUGUGCUUAGUUUAUGACUAUAUGGCACUUGGAACUCUGAGAGAGCAUCUAUACAAUACCAAGAGACCUAAGCUUUCAUGGAAGCGAAGACUAGAGAUAUGCAUUGGAGCAGCUAGAGGACUUCAUUACCUUCACACAGGAGCCCAGUACACAAUCAUUCACAGAGAUGUUAAGACCACAAACAUUCUCUUAAAUGAAAAUUGGGUUGCCAAGGUUUCUGAUUUUGGGCUCUCGAAAACUGGUCCUAAUCUAGACAAGGGCCAUGUUAGUACUGUGGUAAAGGGUAGCUUUGGUUACUUGGACCCUGAGUAUUUCAAGAGACAACAACUGACUGAAAAAUCUGAUGUCUACUCAUUUGGAGUUGUCCUUUUUGAGGUACUGUGUGCAAGGCCUGCUCUAAAUCCCAACCUUUCAAAGGAGCAAGUUAGUCUUGCCGACUGGGCUCUUCACUGCCAACGAAAAGGCAUUCUUGAGGAUAUUAUUGAUCCUCACAUCAAGGGAAAAAUCAACCCCGAAUGCCUAAAGAAGUUUGCAGAAACAGCCCAGAAAUGCUUGGAAGAAGCAGGAACAGAACGACCCAGCAUGGGUGAUGUUCUGUGGAGUCUGGAAUUUGCUCUCCAAUUGCAAGAAAAUUCUGAGGGGUCAAGGCAUAGUACACAAGUAGAGAGUAGUGACAUUUCAGGAGAGAUUCUUGGAAACAAUCAUGAAACAAACCUGGAUUCUGACGAGACUGGUGAAAUCUUCUCUCAAAUUGUCAAUCCAAAAGGGCGAUGAUGAUAACUGUCCAGGUAUUUGCUGUGAGAUUGGAAUGGGAGAAAAACAGGGAACUCAUUCAAGAAUAUAAAACAAGUUUUUUUUGGUUACCUCAAGAAGGUGAUCAUCUGUUCUUUGUAUUGAGUGUUUAUUUUAUUUUAGUAUGACAGAUUGUUUAAUUCUUAGAAACUUGUAAAGCAAAGUCAAACUCAUCAAGCCUUGUGCUUCACAUGAUUUUUUAUAUCUGCAAUAUUUUUUUUAACAUUAAAAAUAAAAAUUGUAGUUUCUUACAAAAAGAAAAACAAAAACUUGAAUCGUUUUGUUGAGAUUCUUUCCUUCAAUUUGUGUGAAUUAAAAUUUUGUAAUAAAAUUGAAUGGCUCCCAU